AUGCCCUCCGAUACCGCAGGUCCCCUAUGCAUGCCCACUACGGCGCCGGAGGAGACGAUUUUGUCUCAAGAAGCAAAAGACACUGACGUAGGUGCUGCUUUGAGUGAGUUAAAAACGCGAGUACAGACUCUUGAGGAGAAAAGCUGCUUCACCCUCGAAGCAUUGGCCGUUUUGCAGAAAAGUCGUCCGGCCACCCCGCUCGAGUCCUCGAUCUCCUGCUCGCCACUACGACCUCCAAGCCUGCCGGAAUCUGUCACCCCCGGCACUGCGUCCUCUGAGCUUCCAGGGGCGGAGGCCAGGAACGCUGGCAGUCGCAACGGCGACAGUGACCCCUCGGUCCUUGGAACUCUAGAGGAGAUGAAAUCGCUGUUGCAGUUGUUGGACAAAGACCUGGACCUAAUAGCCAGUCGUCGAAGUCCACAUGAGUGCUCAGCUUGUGGACUCCGAAAAGACACCAAACUUGCCUCGACUGACACAGUUGCGGAUUGCAAGACAACCCAACUGCUGGAGGAGUUGAAAUGUGGAGUGUUGACCCUCGUUGACGGUUUUCGUCAGAUGGCCACAUGUGGUGCCAAGGACCGAAAGAACCUCUCUGCUCCACUUAGACGGCAAGAAAGUUGUGCAGUGUCAGAAUGUCCCCCCUCUCCCCAGCCAGUUGAUGCAGCCACAAGGCAGGUUCUGGGGGAGCUGAAGACAGGCAUACAAGUGCUCACUGAGGAGUUCUGCAAAUUCAAGAACCAAGGUGUCUGUCGAGCCGACAAGAGCCCACCAAACUGCAGGAGCCCUCAGCAUCCACAAGUUCAACGAACUAGAACAAAGGCUGGGAAAUUAACAGUGUGCUGCAAGUGUCACCUGAAGAAAAACAAACCUACCAAAGACGCUGGCAUCAGAAAUAAGACCUUACCCUGUCCUACCAGAUGUGGAUCCGCCUUCUCCAUUGCUCCUCUCCGGCCCCAGGCGGUGGCCUAUCCGGAGAGGUGUGCUGGUGUCAGGCAACGUCCUGCAACCAGAUUGGAAGAUGGUCGUCCACUCUGGGUGGGAGCACGGGAAUGCCACGCUACCUCUCCACCGAGAUUGCCGCAGGCAGACUGCGCCCUCGAAAGGCUUCCAAGAGCGAGUGUCAUGACUGUGAUCGGACAGGAGAAGACUCCCUCAAGUCACGAAAGUUCCGUCCACAAAGAGGUCAGCGGUGCAUCAUCUGCUAUAGCAGUGUCUCCGUCGGCGCCUACAAAUACGCCAGUUCCUGAAGAGGAGAUGGAGGUUAAAGGCAGGGAGGAAGUUGACUUCCCUGUCGGGGCGGAAUCCCGGCAGAACUCAAACGCCCGACUGAAAUGGAUUGCUCUGGCACCGGUUAGUGUAGCUGGUGAGUCUGGGAACUGGUCCAUACAGCACUUCUCGGGAGAGAAACCGGAAAAGAAGCUACGGGGCUUUAGAAUCAGCUACAAAAAAGCUCGACCACUUGGUAAAUGA